ACAUCACAGAGAGGUUGAGGCAGACCUUGCUGCUGUGAGCAAGCUCAUCUCUGGAACAAACCGACAGCACUACUCUGCUGGUGUUCACUGGAACAGAACCAUGGAUGAGUAUGAGUAUGUAGAUACCAGGCUCUUCAACAAUUCCAAUGAUAGCAGCCAGGGGCAUGAAGACUUCCUGCAGUUCAGUAAGUUUUUUCUGCCCUGCAUGUACCUGGUGGUGUUCAUCUGUGGCCUGUUGGGGAACUCCCUGGUGCUGGUCAUAUACAUCUUCUACCAGAAGCUGAAGAGCCUGACGGACGUGUUCCUGAUGAACCUGCCCUUGGCUGACCUGGUGUUUGUCUGCACGCUGCCCUUUUGGGCCUACGCAGGCAUCCAUGAGUGGGUCUUCGGCAAUAUCAUGUGCAAAACCCUGCUGGGCAUCUACACUUUGAACUUCUACACGUCCAUGCUCAUCCUUACCUGCAUCACUGUGGACCGCUUCAUUGCAGUGGUUCGGGCCACCAAGGCCUACAACCAGCAGGCCAAGCGGAUGACCUGGGGCAAGGUCAUCUGCUUGUCCAUCUGGGUGACCUCCCUGCUGGUUUCCCUGCCGCAGAUCAUCUAUGGCAAUGUCCUUUAUUUCGACAAGCUCAUCUGUGGUUAUCACAAUGAGGAGAUUUCCACUGUGGUUCUUGCCACCCAGAUGACACUGGGGUUCUUUCUGCCACUGCUUGCCAUGAUUGUCUGCUACUCAGUCAUAAUCAAGACCCUGCUUAAUGCCCGAGGCUUCCAGAAGCACAAGUCUCUAAAGAUCAUCUUCCUGGUGGUGGCUGUGUUCCUGCUGACCCAGACGCCCUUCAACCUUGUGAAGCUCAUCCGCAGCAUAAGCUGGGAGUACUACACCAAGACCAGCUUUCACUAUGCCAUCAUAGUGACUGAGGCCAUCGCCUAUCUGCGGGCCUGCCUUAACCCCGUGCUCUAUGCCUUUGUUGGCCUGAAGUUUCGAAAGAACUUCUGGAAGCUUGUGAAUGACAUUGGCUGCCUCCCUUACCUGGGGGUCUCAAGCCAAUGGAAGUCUUCUGAGGACACUUCCAAGACUUGUUCUGCCUCCCACAACGUGGAGGCCACCAGCAUGUUCCAGCUGUAA